UUUUGAAUUAGUUGUAUAAUAAUUAAGCUGCUCAAUUUUGACUCAUCAGCUUUACCCUCUGGACGGCCCUGCCUACAAGUGCUUUGUGCUCUCUUUGGGUAGCCAUUCAAAGUUCAUAUUUAUUUCAGAGCAGGGAAAUUCUGAUCAAAUGGAGUCAACUGAUGUUCCAAUGGCUAGUGAAAUGUUCCAAGCUCAGGCUCAUAUCUACAAGCAUGCCUUCAGUUUUGCAAACUCUAUGGUUCUUGGCUGUGCAAUUCAAUUAGGCAUACCAGAUGUAAUUCAUAGUCAUAAGAAGCCAAUGACUCUGUCUGGACUUGUUUCAGAGCUGAAACUUCCUCCUGCAAAAUCAAACGGUAUUCAUCGAUUGAUGCGCCUAUUGGUAUACUCUGGUUUCUUUGCUACUACAAAGUUUCUGGAUGAUAACUUAGAAAAUCAGGAAGGGUAUGUUCUUACAGCUUCUUCUAAGCUGCUUUUGAAGAGUGAGAUCCCAAAUUUGUCACCUUUUGCUAGAGCAAUGGUUGAUCCAGUUAUGGUGAAUCCAUGGCAAUCUUUGGGGGAUUGGUUUCUAGGAAAUGAAACCACCCCAUUUGAGACAGCACAUGGUGCAUCUAUGUGGGAAUUCUGUGACCAAAAUCCAAGAUUCAACAAGGUUUUCAAUGAAGCAAUGGCUAGUGAUUCCCAAAUGAUGAGUUUGGUUGUGAAGGACUGCAAACAAGUUUUCCAAGAGAUGGAUUCCUUGGUUGAUGUUGGAGGUGGUACUGGACUUAUAGCUAAGACUAUUCUGGCUGCAUUUCCUCAUCUAAAAUGCACUGUGUUGGACCUCCCUCAUGUUGUUGCUAACAUGCCAGACACAGAGAAUUUGAAAUACGUAGGAGGUGACAUGUUUCACUCAAUUCCCUCUGCUGAUGCCAUUUUGUUUAAGCAUGUUAUGCAUAAUUGGAGUGAUGAGGAUUGUGUGAAGAUACUAAAGAGAUGUAGAGAAGCUAUCGGGGAUAACGAUGAAGGCAGAAAAGGGAAGGUCCUUAUCAUCGACAUGGUAUUGGAUAGAGAUGAAGAUGAAGCAAACAUGACCGAAGUGAAGCUCAUAUUUGAUGUACUAAUGAUGGUUUUACUCACAGGAAGGCAGAGAACUGAGAAAGAAUGGGAAAAGCUAUUCCUUGAGGCUGGCUUCAUGAACUACAAGAUUACACCUGUCUUUGGCCUAAGGUCCCUCAUUGAAGUUUUUCCUUAAUAUAUUGUGUGAGGUAAGUCUGCGUAAAAUACACCCUUGUGGUGGGCCUUUGUCCGGACCCUGUGCAUCGCGGGAGCUUUAGUGUACCGGGCUGGCUUUUUUUUUUUUUAUAUCGUGUAAGAACUAAAAUAAAUUGAUGAACAAUAAGAGAAAAUGAUCAAAUUUGUAUGUGUACUAUCUGAAAUACACCAUGUUUGCUUUCUGCAAGACUUCCAGUCUAAUUUUGCUCCACUGUUUUGAAAAAAAAUCUCAUUUUUGUCCUCGACGCAAGAGAACUAUAAUUUGAGAGAAAACUUCUUGAGCUAAUAGAAACUGACAAGAACGUUGAAAAGCCAGUGAAAUCUUCAUAGCACAGGCUCAUAUUUACAAACAUGCAUUCGUCUACGCAAAUUCAAUUGCCCUGAAUGGUGCCAUUCAACUAGGCAUACCAGAUAUUAUUCAUAACCACAAAAAAAAUCACUCUUCUGAUGUACUUUCAGCACUCAAGCUUCCCUCAUCAAAAAUCAAUUGGCAUUUUUGGACUAAUGUGUCUGUUGGUGCACAUUCAAUUCUUUGAUAUAAUAAAGCUUGAGAAAACUCAGAAACAGAAGGAUAUGUUUCGACAACUUCUUCAAGGCUGCUUCUUAAGAGUGAAAUCCCAAAUUUGUCACCUUGCAUUCGAGUAAUGGUUCAUUCCUGUCGCUGUAACGCCAUUUGAGAUAGCAACAUCAUUUGAGAUAGCACAGUGGGUGCCUAAGUGGAAUUUUGUGCACAAAACCAAGAUUUGACAGAGUUCUGAAUAAAGGAAUAGCUAGUAAUUCCCAAAUGACGAGAAUAGUUGUGAAAGACCGAGGGGAGAUUUUGAGGGAUUGAACUCAGUUGUUGAUAUCGGAGGAGGCACUGGGAUUAUAGCUAAGACAAUCUUGGAGGCAUUUCCUCACUUGAAAUGCACUGUCCUUGAUCUUUCACAUGUCGUUGCCAAAAUUUGAGAGAAUGAGAAUUUAAGCUAUGUAGGAGGGGAUAUUUUUCAGUCUAUUCCCCAUGUCGAUGCCAGUUUGAUCAAGGUAAGCAGAAGGACUUUAUUUUUGACAUGUUCAUUAUGUAGAUAUGGUUGUCUUAGAUGGGAUGAAUGCUGAUAGGUCACCUCAAGGAUAAUCAUUAGUAGAAGUGAGAUUGUCAGUACAGAACUGUCAAGACAAUUCGAGUUAAAUUAUGUAGAUUGUCAAGACAAUUCAUGCAGGCCUUCCUCCUAGAUACAGAGAUUCUGUGAGGGCAAUAACACCAGAACCUUAAGGCACUUAGACUACAACUCAUUCAUUUUGAGAACGAGCAAUGGAAAGUGAGCAAUGGUGAGUUCCUUCAACUCAGAUUGUUGAAACUACAACUAAUAGAGAGAAUUAAAGAAUGGAGAUGUGUCGAUUAUGAUGCAUUCCCCCAACUUGAACGAUUGGUUUUGCAAGGUUGUCAAUUUCUUAAGGAGAUCCCUUCUUGUUUCGAAGACAUCUCUUCUCUAUUGUCCAUUGAGGUAUGGCGUUGCAACGAAUCUGUCGUCAAAUCAGCCAGAGUUAUCCAAGAAACACAAGUUGAAGAGUACCAGAAUUCUGGCUUUCAGGUCUUAUCCAUGGUGAUUCAGGGCUUUAUUAAGGUACACAACUGAGAGAUUUCAAUCGUCUUUCUCUUUUGAGUUAACGAUCAAACACACAUUAGAGCUGCCACAUUUUCGCGAGUUUCAUAUCUUAACUAUUGGUUGUUACUAGGGGUGGCAAACUUGCGGGUUGAGUCGGAUAUGGGUGGGUUAAAAGUGGGGCUACCCUUGUUCCUAUAUAAUUACACUCCUCACCAACUGCAUAGUAUCUUUGAGGUUAGUUGCAGAAACUUUUGGGUAUAUUGGCGUGAGUUCAAAAUGAUGAUCGAUCACCUGUUUUACAUAUCUAUAACUAAAGAGUAAAUUAACAACCAAUAUCAUGUUGGAUGCUGCAUUUCCUACAGAUUCACCUCGUUGUGUAUGAGUGCUUGCAGUGUGAAGCAUAAGAUUGUGAAAGGCAUUUAGAUGCAAGCAUUUCAUUAAAAAGAAAAUAAAAAGAUAUUACAACAGGCUAUCAAAGCCUUCAUACAGAGAAAUCAAAUGCAGAGAGCAACAUUCAUACCAGAGCAUGUUUGGCUCAACAUUCAAGAUACAAUGUUUGCAAUAUAAGCAUUCCUGAUAAAAGAUUUUUGCGUUGUUCCCUUGGACAUCCAAUCAGUAUGCAACAUGCACUUGCAUUUUGACAAAGAAAUAUGUAAGCCUUUAUAUUCACACCAGGCUCCAAAUCCAGCUCCUCCAACAUAUUCCAUAUCUCGGUCUCAGAAAUAGGCGAAAGGGGUGAAAGCCGGUUAAUAGCACCAGCCAAGUUGUCCAUCCCACCUCUCAACAUAUCAGUCAUGCCUUCAAGAUGAUCAUGUUUAGAUUUUUUAUUUCUUGAAGGUGUUGGUUCUUCUGAAUAGGCAGUAUGUGUAGGCACGUCACUAGGUGCUUGACUUUGGUCGCCCUGUUCAUAUCCCUCCAUGUCUUUCAAUGAGUCAAUAUUUAUAAAACCCAUGUCAUCUAUCUCAUCUAUAGUCAAUGAAUCAGCACUUGAUUUUCUUGGA